AUGAUUGCACCAUUGGAGGUCGGCUUUUACACGGAGAUUAUCGGGUUCCUGCAGUGUAUCAAGCUCGAGGACAGCUUCCAGGGAACGAAACCAAAUGGAUUUGAGAUCAUAACCCAUGAUCAUGUUCCGCACGUAGGCCUCGUAAACAUCAUAGAAUACCGAUACAACUCAUUUUCGAAAAAUGUUACGUAAGUUUAUGCAUUGCGCGUCAAGCCCAUUAGAUAAGCUAAAACGAUCCGGAAUGGAUUGAGAUUCGCCAAAAAGACGCAAAAAACUUCGCCUUUUGUCGGAGAAGAAAUGGGGAAUUUUUGGGGCGAGAGAGCACGGUUUUGCGCGCCUUUUCCCUGUCUUCUCUGCGAAACCGAGACGAAGUGUAAAAAACCGAUAGCGAAGUGUCUAUUCCGCGGAAUAUAUUCCGGUCUCCGAACUCUUCGGUUUGACCUGCAUUGCACACUAAAUAUUUUCAGCCGCCGGUUGCUGGAUUUGGUCGAUAAAGACGGUCCGGCUUACCAUAGCUACCGAGUCCUUUUGAACCAGGUUGGGGAGGAAGUCAAAGUUGGAGUCACAGGAUUAAAUGGCGGCUUGCUGUAAGUCGAGUGUGGGGGAAUAUAUUAAUUCUUGGCUUCAGCAUACCCCGGGGCCAUAAUCUCAAAUAUUUGUGUUCUAAAUUUGUUUUAAAAUGCCGAUUUCAGUGUUUGUGCUAUAUUUAACAAGCAGGAGAAAAAUUGCUGGAACAGACUGACUGUAUUCUCUGAACUCCUUGGUUCAAGCAUGGCCAUUAUAGGAUGUACGGUGAAAGAAAGCCGGAUGAAUGUAUUAUACUCGCCUACUGGAGACAAUGCAACCUCUUACUAUCCGGAGACGAAAGACAACUUUUAUUGCAACAGUACGCUGGGUGUAUUUGAAAAGAAGUUGGUGUUAUGAAACCAAGGAUCAGCGGAGUGUAAGCAGUUGGAUUGGGAAGGCACAAAUGGGAUGCAUCGCCUUGUCAGCCAGUGGAGUACAAGCUCACUUCUUCGGGUCGGCUCUUGCUGUCUUUGGUAAGCGUGAGAAGACUGUAUAACCAGUUUCAGAACUACCUGAUUGCAAGGUUCGAGACUCCCAAUUGCAACAGGCCAACUCAACUCUCGCCCCAAUUCUUGGACAACACCUAUGUCGAGUUUAUCUGUAACAAAACGUAAGUUUGAUUUUUUAGUAAAAUAGCCGUAGUCUAGGCCAAAAAACUUUCAGCGUUCGUUCAAUUAACCUUUAAAACUAUAUGUUUAUACAUUUUUUAGAACGGAACCGACCGUAUCGAAGAGCAGCCAUUCCAAUUCUCCAGCCAUAUUCAUCUUAACCUCAAUUUGUGGGCUCCUUAUUGGCCGUGUCCUUGGAAAUUAA